CUCCGAGCCUUUCAAUCCGUGGCCAGCGGCGGCAGCAGAGGCAGAGUUGGCGGCGUGCAACCUUUCUCUCCGGCAGACUUUCUCCCACUCGACUCAACCUCCACGAUAAGCCAACCGAAGCGCGGCCGAGGCUUGAGCUUGCUUGAUUUGCGCGACAGAAAGAGCCAGGCUAGCCGAGCCCGCUAGCCUUUGUGAGGGUGGUCGGGCUGUCCGAGCACCCGGGGAGCCCCGAGGCAACCCCGGGCUGGCUGGGAGAAGUCCGCGUGCCUUCGAGCCCUUGAGCCGCGACAGUCUUCUGUUCGCGCACGGCAGCGGUGGAUCCCCGCGGAGGAGCAUCUCCCCCUCGCCUGCGUGACAGCACCAGGAGGCGUUUGAUGACUAAUAUUCCCUCCAGAUAAAAACACAACAAUGUUGCGCACCGCGGCCAACGUGCUGGCGGCGGGAUUGCUUGUCUUGGGGAUGUUGCACAGCUCGGAAGUGGUCUCUCCGUCCAGGGCUGUUGAUGCUCCAAAGACCUGCAGUCCAAAGCAGUUUGUGUGUAAGGACGGAGUGACGUGUAUCUCAAAGGGCUGGCGCUGCGAUCGUGAGAAAGACUGCCCAGACGGCUCAGAUGAGGAGCCGGAUGUCUGCCCACACAGCGCCAUCCUAAAGUGCCCUCCCAAUGAGUACCAGUGUGGGGGAACAGAGCUGUGCAUCCACAUGAGCAAACUGUGCAACGGGGCUCCGGACUGUACCGACGGCUGGGACGAGGGACCGCACUGCAGAGAGUUUAUUUCCAACUGCUCACUCAUGGGCUGUCAGGACAAUUGUGCAGUGACUCCAGCUGGACCUGCUUGUUACUGUAAAAGUGGUUAUGAGAUCAGCUCAGAUGGAAAAACAUGCAAAGACUUCAAUGAGUGCAGUGUGUAUGGGACUUGCAGUCAGUCCUGUACCAACACUGAAGGCUCCUACUCUUGCUCAUGUGUGGAGGGAUACUUGCCGCAGCCGGACAACCGCUCCUGCAAGGCCAAGAACGUCCCAGUGGACCGUCUGCCUGUACUGUUGAUCGCCAACUCUCAGAACAUUCAAGCCACCUCACUGAGCGGCACCACGGUCCACAGCCUGCUGUCCACCAGCACCAAACAAACCACAGCCAUGGACUUCCUGUACGCUCAGGAGACGGUCUGCUGGAUCCAUGUGGGAGACUCGCCCUCUUCCACGCAUCUCAAAUGUGCCAAGAUUCCCAAUCUUAAAAGCUUCAGUGAGGAGAGAGUCAUCAACAUCUCCCUCAGCUUGCACCAUGUGGAGCAGAUGGCCAUUGACUGGCUUACCGGAAACUUCUACUUUGUUGAUGACGUGGACGACAGGAUCUUUGUGUGUGACAAGGAUGGACAGACAUGUGUUACCCUUCUGGACCAGGAGCUUUACAACCCCAAAGGCAUCGCCCUGGACCCCACCAUGGGGAAGGUGUUCUUCACAGACUACGGUCAGAUCCCCAAGGUGGAACGUUGCGACAUGGAUGGCCAGAACCGGACCAAGCUUGUGGACAGUAAGAUUGUGUUCCCCCAUGGCAUCACACUGGAUCUUGUCAGCAGGCUGGUGUACUGGGCCGAUGCCUACCUGGACUACAUCGAGGUCGUUGACUACGAAGGCAAGAACCGCCACACCAUCAUUCAAGGCCUUCUGAUCGAGCAUCUGUAUGGCCUGACUGUGUUCGAAAACUACCUGUACGCCACCAACUCGGACAACGCUAACAUGCAGCCCAAAACCAGCGUGAUACGCAUCAACCGCUUUAACAGCACAGACUACCAGGUGGUGACACGCGUGGACAAGGGAGGCGCGCUGCAUGUCUACCAUCAAAGACGCCAACCACCCGUCCGAAGCCACGCUUGUGAGGUGGACCAGUUUGGAAAAGCGGGAGGCUGCUCAGACAUCUGUCUGCUUGGAAACGGACACAAAACCCGGACAUGUCGCUGUCGCUCCGGCUUUAGCUUGGGAAAUGACGGCAAGUCUUGCAAAAAGCCAGAACAUGAACUCUUCUUGGUCUAUGGCAAGGGUCGCCCAGGCGUCAUCAGGGGCAUGGACAUGAAUGCCAAGGUGCCUGAUGAGUACAUGAUCCCUAUCGAGAAUCUGAUGAAGCCCAGAGCUCUGGACUUUCAUGCUGAGACCGAGUUCAUCUACUUUGCUGAUGCCACCAACUACAUCAUUGGGAGGCAGAAGAUCGAUGGGACAGAGAGGGACACCAUUCUGAAAGAAGGGAUCCACACGGUGGAGGGCAUUGCUGUGGACUGGAUGGCGGACAACUUGUACUGGACAGACGACGGGCCCAAAAAAACUAUCAGUGUGGCCCGGCUGGAAAAAGCCUCCCAGACUCGCAAGACUCUAAUCGAAGAUAAAAUGACUCACCCUCGCGCCAUUGUGGUGGAUCCUCUCCAUGGAUGGAUGUACUGGACGGACUGGGAGGAAGAUCCUAAGGAGAGCAAACGAGGCAAAAUUGAACGCGCUUGGAUGGACGGCUCCAAUAGGAACGUUUUCCUAACCAGCAAGACGGUGCUGUGGCCCAAUGGCCUGAGCUUGGACAUCCCUCAGGGAAUCCUUUACUGGGUGGAUGCCUACUAUGACCGUAUCGAGAUGGUCUACCUCAACAGCUCUGAGCGCAAGACGGUGUACGAGGGCCAGGAACUGAACCACGCCUUUGGUCUCUGCCAUUAUAAACACUUCUUGUUCUGGAACGAGUAUCGAAGUGGCAGUAUUUUCAAGUUGGACACCACCACGGGCACUGCCACCCUGCUCCGCAACGAGAGACCGCCUAUUUUUGAAAUACGCAUGUACGAUGCUCAGCAGCAACAAGGUUCUAAUGCGUGUCGUGUGCACAAUGGAGGAUGCACCAGCCUCUGUUUGGCCAUACCGGGCGGCCGGCAGUGUGCUUGUGCAGAAGACCAAAUACUAGACCCCACUGACAACACCAGCUGCAAAGCCAACCCGUCUUACGUACCACCUCCACAAUGCCAGUCUGGGGAGUUUGCCUGUAAAAAUAACCGCUGCAUCCAGGAGCGCUGGAAGUGCGACGGCGACAACGACUGCCUGGACAACAGCGACGAGGCUCCUGAGCUGUGCCACCAGCACACUUGCCCCACUGAAAGAUUCAAGUGUCAGAACAACCGCUGCAUCCCACUGCGAUGGUUGUGUGACGGCGACAACGACUGUGGCAACGAUGAGGACGAAUCCAACACCACCUGUUCGGCUCGCACGUGCCCACCUAAUCAGUACUCAUGUGCCAGCGGGCGAUGCAUCCCCAUUUCCUGGACGUGUGACCUGGAUGACGACUGUGGGGAUCGGUCUGAUGAGCCUGCCUCUUGUGCCUAUCCUACAUGUUUCCCCCUCACGCAGUUUACCUGCAACAAUGGACGCUGCAUCAACAUAAACUGGCGCUGUGAUAACGAAAAGGAUUGUGGUGACGGCUCUGAUGAGUUGCAUUGUCCGAACCUGGCUGACAAUGACUGCGGGGACAACAGCGACGAGGCAGGCUGUAGUCAUUCGUGCUCCAGCGCGCAGUUCAAGUGCAACAGCGGACGAUGCAUUCCAGAUUAUUGGACCUGUGAUGGGGAUAAUGACUGCGGGGAUUACAGCGACGAAACCCACGCUAACUGCACUAAUCAGGCCACUCGUCCGCCAGGAGGUUGUCACACCGAUGAGUUUCAGUGUCGGAUGGACGGCCUUUGCAUCCCCCUGCGUUGGCGCUGUGAUGGCGACACCGACUGCAUGGACCUAAGUGACGAGAAGAACUGCGAGGGCGUUACGCACAUGUGUGAUCCGGCAGUCAAGUUUGGCUGCAGGGACUCUGCACGCUGCAUCAGCAAAGCUUGGAUGUGUGACGGAGAUAGCGACUGUGAAGACAAUUCGGACGAAGAAAACUGCGAGGCGCUGGUGUGUAAACUCUCCCACCACGUGUGCGCCAAUGACUCCACCAUCUGCCUGCCUGCAGAAAAACUUUGCGACGACCACGACGACUGCCCAGAUGGCUCAGACGAGAAACUCUGCGACCUUUGCUCGCUGGACAAUGGCGACUGCAGCCAUAAUUGCACAGUGGCGCCAGGCGAGGGCGUGAUUUGUUCUUGCCCACUAGGUAUGGAGAUGGGAUCAGACAACAAAACCUGUCAGAUCCAGAGCUUCUGUGCAAAACACCUGAAGUGCAGUCAGCGCUGCAAGCAGGACAAGUUCAGUGUGAAGUGCUCAUGCUACGAGGGCUGGGAACUGGAACCCGACAUGGAGAACUGCAAGAGCACGGAUCCUUUCAAACCUUUUAUUAUUUUCUCCAACCGCCACGAAAUUCGCCGCAUUGAUCUCAAUAAAGGAGAGUUCAGCGUACUGGUACCAGGGCUAAGGAACACCAUCGCCUUGGACUUCCAUCUCAGCGAGAGUGCCCUCUAUUGGACCGACGUGGUAGAGGAUAAGAUCUAUCGGGGGAAGCUAUCAGAAAAUGGGGCUUUAACAAGUUUUGACGUGGUAAUCCAGUAUGGACUGGCGACCCCUGAAGGCCUGGCAGUGGACUGGAUAGCAGGAAACAUUUACUGGGUAGAAAGCAACCUGGACCAGAUCGAGGUAGCCAAGCUGGACGGCACUAUGAGGACCACACUUUUGGCUGGAGAGGUUGAGCAUCCUCGAGCCAUUGCUCUGGAUCCCCGUGACGGAAUCCUUUUCUGGACCGACUGGGAUGCCAGCUUGCCAAGGAUUGAAGCUGCAUCCAUGAGUGGCGAAGGCAGGAAGACUAUCCACAAGGAAACUGGCAAUGGAGGCUGGCCAAAUGGACUUACUGUUGACUAUCUCGAGAGACGCAUCCUUUGGAUUGACGCCAGGUCUGAUGCCAUUUACUCUGCCAAAUACGAUGGUUCUGGACUGAUUGAAGUUCUGAGGGGCCACGAGUAUCUGUCCCAUCCUUUUGCUGUCACUAUGUACGGUGGGGAGGUUUACUGGACAGACUGGAGGACCAACACCUUGGCCAAGGCCAACAAGUGGACUGGGAGCAAUGUUACUGUCGUCCAGAGAACCAACACGCAACCUUUUGACCUCCAGGUCUACCAUCCGUCAAGACAGCCUGAAGCGCCUAACCCGUGUGCAGCCAAAGAUGGCAAGGAUCCAUGCUCUCAUCUUUGCCUCAUCAACUACAAUCAGACGUUCUCGUGUGGCUGUCCCCACCUGAUGAAGCUCGGGCCUGACAUGCGUACAUGCUAUGAGUCUCGUGAAUUCCUGCUCUACGCUCGCCAAAUUGAGAUCAGAGGAGUGGACAUAGACAACCCCUACUACAACUACAUCAUCUCCUUCACCGUGCCAGACAUCGACAAUGUGACUGUGGUGGACUACGACGCUAUGGAGCAUCGCAUCUACUGGUCAGACGUGCGCACUCAGACCAUCAAGAGGGCUUUCAUCAACGGCACUGGGGUUGAGACUGUGAUAUCUGCUGAUCUGCCCAACGCUCAUGGUCUUGCGGUUGACUGGGUUUCCAGGAAUCUCUUCUGGACCAGCUAUGACGCCAAUAAGAAACAAAUUAAUGUUGCCAGACUGGAUGGCUCGUUCAAAAACGCUGUGAUCCAGGGCCUGGAUAAACCCCACUGCCUGGUUCUGCAUCCCAUUUUGGGGAAGCUCUACUGGACAGAUGGGGACAACAUCAGCAUAGCCAACACUGACGGCAGCAACCAAAGUGUCCUUUUUACCGACCAAAAUGUCCCAGUUGGGCUCUCCAUUGACUUUGACACAGAGCAGCUUUACUGGAUCAGCUCAGGUAAUAGCACCAUCAGUCGCUGUAAGCUGGAUGGAUCUGGACUUGAAGUCCUUGAAGGCGUUAAGGGCAAGUUGACUAAGGCUACGGCUCUGGCUAUCAUGGGGGAUAAACUGUGGUGGGCCGACCAGGGAACUGACCAAAUUGGAACGUGUGACAAGAAGGACGGUGGAAACUGGAAAGUCUUGAGGAAUAGCACAUCCCCAAUGAUGCACAUGAAAAUCUACAAUGAAACUGUGCAGAAAGGCACCAAUCUCUGUAGUAAUAAGAAUGGUGACUGUUCCCAGCUGUGUCUCCCCACCUCCCCGACCACCAGAGCUUGCAUGUGCACUGCCGGAUACAGCCUGCGCGGAGGCCAACAGUCUUGCGAGGGUGUUGGCUCUUUCCUGCUCUAUUCUGUACAUGAGGGGAUACGUGGUAUUCCUUUGGACCCAUUGGACAAGUCUGACGUCCUGGUACCAGUGUCAGGCACUUCUCUGGCUGUGGGAAUAGAUUUCCAUGCUGACAAUGACACUAUCUACUGGGUGGACAUGGGCCUGAGCACAAUCAGCAGGGCCAAGCGAGACCAGACGUGGAGAGAGGACGUGGUCACUAAUGGCAUCGGCAGGGUUGAAGGAAUCGCUGUUGACUGGAUAGCAGGAAACAUCUACUGGACAGACCAAGGCUUCGAUGUGAUUGAGGUGGCCCGCCUGAACGGCUCUUUCCGCUAUGUGGUUAUCUCCCAGGGCUUGGACAAGCCUCGCGGAAUCACUGUCCACCCUGAGAAAGGCUACUUGUUCUGGACAGAGUGGGGUCAGUACCCUCGUAUUGAACGCUCCCGACUGGACGGCUCGCAAAGGGCUGUUCUGGUGAAUUCCAGUAUUAGCUGGCCGAAUGGUAUCUCCAUUGACUACGAAGAUGGUAUGCUGUACUGGUGCGACGCCAGUACUGACAAAAUCGAGCGCAUCAAUCUGGAGACGGGAGAGAACAGGGAAGUGGUACUGUCCAACCACAACAUGGACAUGUUCUCUGUGUCUGUGUUUGAGGACUACAUCUACUGGAGUGACCGAACUCAUGCCAAGGGCUCCAUAAAGCGAGGCAGUAAAGACAACGCCAAAGACUCGGUGUCUCUGAGGACCGAGAUCGGCGUGCAACUCAAGGAUAUUAAGGUCUUCAACAGGGCCAGGCAGCAAGGAACAAACGUGUGCAAAGGCAACAACGGCGGGUGCCAGCAGCUUUGUCUUUACCGCGGCAACGCACAGCGCACGUGCGCCUGUGCCCACGGCAUGCUGGCUGAAGACGGAAGCAGCUGCCGCGACUACGACGGCUUCUUGCUCUACUCGGAGCGCACCAUACUAAAGAGUGUUCACCUGUCGGACGAAAACAACCUAAAUGCGCCCAUCAAGCCGUUUGAGGACGCUGAGCACAUGAAGAACGUCAUCGCGCUGACUUUUGAUUACCGCGGAGGCGGGGGGAAGGGAGCCAACCGGAUCUUCUUCAGUGACAUCCACUUUGGCAACAUCCAGCAGAUCUCUGAUGAUGGGUCUGACCGCAAGACUGUGGUCGAGAAUGUGGGUUCCGUAGAGGGUCUGGCAUACCACAGAGGCUGGGAUAUGUUGUACUGGACCAGCUACACCACCUCCACCAUCACCCGCCACACUGUGGAUCAGAGCCGCUGGGGUGCUGUUGACAGUCACACCGUGGUCUCCAUGUCAGGAGACGACCACCCCAGAGCCUUUGUCCUCGACGAGUGCCAGAGCCUUAUGUUCUGGACCAACUGGAACGAGCAGUCUCCCAGUAUCAUGCGGGCCACGCUCACUGGGUCCAAUGUGCUGGUCAUUAUUGGGACUGAUAUCCGAACCCCCAAUGGUUUGGCUAUCGACCGGCGUGCUGAAAAGCUUUACUUCUCCGACGCCACCUUGGACAAGAUAGAGCGCUGCGAGUAUGACGGCAGUCGGCGCUAUGUGGUGCUGAAGAAUGAACCCGUGCACCCGUUUGGUCUGGCCGUGUAUGGAGACUACAUCUUCUGGACAGACUGGGUGAGGAGGGCUGUGCUCCGCGCCGACAAAUACACCGGAGGAGACAUGAAGGUCCUGCGUGCUGAUAUCCCCCAGCAGCCCAUGGGAAUCGUUGCCGUGGCCAACGAUACUAACAGCUGCGAAUUCUCGCUGUGUCGCGUUAACAACGGAGGAUGUCAGGACCUGUGCUUGCUGACGUCAGAAGGGAGGGUGAACUGCAGUUGCCGUGGUGACAGGAAGCUUUUGGAGGACAGCACUUGCAUAGCUCUCAAUACGACAUGCAAUAACAUUGACGAGUUUGAGUGUGGAAACGGAGACUGUGUGAACUACACGCUGACUUGCGACGGCAUGGCUCAUUGCAAGGACAAAUCUGAUGAGAAGCAGUCUUAUUGUGCCAACCGUGUGUGCAAGAAGGGCUACAGGCGGUGUGUUAAUGGCCGCUGUGUGGGGCAUCACUCCUGGUGCAACGGACAGGACGACUGUGGAGACAAUUCUGAUGAGCUUUUCUGCAACACCACGCUGUGCUCUGCUGAACAGUUCCAGUGCAGAGAUGGAAGCUGCAUCUUAAACUCUAGCAAGUGUGACCAAAAAGUGGACUGUGAGGACGCCAGUGACGAGAUGAACUGCACUGCCACAGAUUGUUCCAGUUAUUUCCGCCUGGGAGUGAAAGGGACGACAUUUCAGAAGUGCGAGUUCACCACCCUCUGCUAUGACCCCUCUUGGCUUUGUGACGGAGCUAACGACUGUGGAGACUUCUCAGAUGAAAGAAAUUGCCCAGGGAGCGGCAAAACCAAGUGCCCGACGCCUUUCUUUGCCUGUCCCAGUGGACGUUGCAUCCCGAUGAGCUGGACCUGUGACAAAGAGAACGACUGCGAGAAUGGUGCUGACGAGGCUCAUUGCGAUAAAUUCUGCUCAGCCACCCAGUUUGCGUGUGGCAACCAUCGCUGCAUUCCCAACUCCUGGGUGUGCGACGGAGCGGAUGACUGUGGCGACAGCAGCGACGAGGACAGUAAAUGCAAAACCAAAACAUGCAGUCCGGAAGCAUUCCAGUGUCCUGGAUCCCACAUGUGUAUCCCUCAGCACUGGAAGUGUGACGGCGACACAGACUGUCCUGAUGGGGCUGACGAGAGUGUCAAAGCUGGCUGUGUUUUUAACAACACAUGUGGCAACAGCGAGUUUAUGUGCCAGAACCGCCAGUGUAUCCCCAAGCACUUUGUGUGUGACCAUGACAACGACUGCAGCGACGGCUCGGACGAGUCGCAGGAAUGUGAGUACCCAACAUGCGGCUCCAAUGAGUUCCGCUGUGCCAAUGGACGCUGCCUUAUCAAGAGCUCAUGGGAGUGUGAUGGCGACUUCGACUGCCACGACCACUCAGACGAAGCCCCCAAGAAUCCACGCUGCACGGGACUAGAGAAGAAAUGUAACGACACGGCAUACGCGUGCAAUAAUGGAAUGUGUGUCAACGAGACGCUGCUCUGCGACCAUAAGGACGACUGCGGCGAUGGCUCGGACGAACUUAACUGCUUCAUUAACGAGUGCCUGAACAGCAAACUGAGUGGUUGCUCACAGCUCUGUGAGGACCUGAAGAUAGGCUUCAAGUGUCGAUGCCACCCCGGAUUCCGUCUGAAAGAUGAUGGGAAGACGUGCGUGGACGUGGAUGAGUGUACAAGCACCUAUCCCUGCACCCAGCGCUGCAUCAACACCCACGGCAGCUUCCACUGUCUAUGUGUAGAGGGGUUCCAAUUUAGCCCUGAAAAUCCCACCAUCUGCAAAUCUACAUCUGAUGUGGAACCCUUCCUAAUUUUUGCCAACCGCUACUACCUAAGAAAGCUCAGCCUGAACGGCUCCAACUACACUCUCAUCAAACAGGGCUUGAACAACGCUGUGGCUCUGGACUUUGACUAUCGCCAGCAGAUGAUUUAUUGGACUGAUGUGACCUCACAGGGCAGCAUGAUCCGUCGCAUGCACAUCAAUGGCAGUGAUGUUCAGGUCCUCCAUCGCACAUCUCUUAGCAACCCAGAUGGGCUUGCAGUGGACUGGGUGGGAGGAAACCUGUACUGGUGUGAUAAGGGGCGGGACACUAUUGAGGUGUCGAAGCUGAAUGGGGCGUACCGCACAGUUCUGGUCAACAAUGGCUUGAGAGAACCUCGAGCCGUAGCUGUGGAUGUACGAUAUAGCUACUUGUAUUGGUCGGACUGGGGGGACACCCCUCACAUUGGGAGGAUUGGGAUGGACGGAACCAAUAGGACUGUCAUUGUGGAGGAUAAGAUCACCUGGCCCAACGGCCUGACACUGGACUUUGUCAAUGAUCGCAUUUACUGGGCUGACGCCCGAGAGGACUACAUUGCCUUUGCUAGCCUGGAUGGAACCAACAGACACACAGUCUUGACUCAGGAUAUUCCGCACAUCUUUGCCAUGACCCUGUUUGAGGAGUAUAUCUACUGGACUGACUGGGAGACCAAGUCCAUCAACAGAGCUCACAAGACUCUGGGAAUCAACAAGACCCUGCUGAUCAGCACCUUACACAGACCAAUGGAUGUCCAUAUUUACCACCCAUAUCGCCAACCAGAUGUGGCCGAUCACCCAUGCCAGACCAACAAUGGCGGCUGCAGUAACCUGUGCCUGCUGUCACCCGGAGGGGGCUACAAAUGUGCCUGCCCCACUAACUUUUAUCUGGGAGCAGACGGCAAACAGUGCUUGUCCAACUGCACUGCCAGUCAGUUUGUUUGCAAAAAUGACAAGUGUAUUCCAUUUUGGUGGAAGUGUGACACUGAAGACGACUGUGGGGAUCGCUCCGAUGAGCCCGCUGACUGCCCUGAGUUUAAGUGUAGACCUGGUCAGUUCCAGUGUGGAACGGGAAUUUGUACAAAUCCCGCCUACAUCUGUGACGGAGACAACGACUGCCAAGACAAUUCAGAUGAGGCCAAUUGUGACAUCCACGUGUGCCUGCCCAGUCAGUUUAAAUGCACCCACCCGAGUCGCUGCAUUCCUGGCAUCUUCCGUUGCAAUGGACAGGACAACUGUGGCGAGGGGGAGGACGAGAGAGAUUGUCCGGAGGUGACAUGUGCCCCCAACCAGUUCCAGUGUGCCGUCACCAAGCGGUGUAUCCCAAGGGUGUGGGUAUGCGACAGGGACAACGACUGUGUGGACGGUUCCGAUGAGCCCGCCAACUGCACUCAAAUGACGUGUGGCGUGGACGAAUUCCGCUGCACGGACUCAGGCCGCUGCAUCCCAGCACGCUGGAAGUGCGAUGGCGAGGACGACUGUGGCGAUGCUUCGGAUGAACCCAAAGAAGAGUGUGAUGAACGGACAUGCGAGCCGUAUCAGUUCCGCUGUAAGAACAACCGCUGCGUGCCCGGACGCUGGCAGUGCGACUACGAUAACGACUGUGGGGACAACUCUGAUGAAGACAAGUGUGUUCCUCGCCAGUGUUCUGAGAGCGAGUUUGCUUGCACAAAUGGCCGCUGCAUUGCCGGGCGCUGGAAAUGUGACGGUGACCACGACUGUGCUGAUGGCUCAGAUGAGAAUGGCUGUGACGUGAAGUGUGACAGUGAUCAGUUCCAGUGCAAAAACGGCCACUGCAUCCCUAUUCGCUGGCGCUGCGACACUGACCCUGAUUGCAUGGAUGGAAGCGAUGAGGAGAAAUGCGAUAUUGGUGUUGGUAGGCACUGCCCACUGGAAGAGUUCCAAUGCAACAACACUCUGUGUAAACCUCUGGGCUGGAAGUGUGACGGUGAGGACGACUGUGGAGACAAUUCUGACGAGAAGCCAGAGGAAUGUGUUAAAUUCCAGUGUCCUCCCAUGAGGCAGUUCCGCUGUCAUAAUGACCGGGUGUGUCUGCCGAUAUCAAAACGCUGCGACGGGGUCGACAACUGUGGGGACAACAGUGAUGAAAUCAACUGCCAGAUGUCUCCAUCCACACCCGUUUGCCAAAAAGAUGAGUUCCAGUGCUCGAGUGGCCACUGCAUCAGCUCUGUGCUGCGGUGCAACUUAUUCAAUGACUGCGAGGACUAUGGCUCUGAUGAAAUCAACUGCAAUAAGAAAGACACGGCGCUGAACGACUGCCGCAGCAACAGGACAGUGUGCGGCGACGGCGAUGAAGCUCACUGUGUGGUUAACGGGACCAGCUCCUUCUGCUCCUGCAAACCGGGUUUCAAAUCCUACGGGCGUAACGUAUGCGAAGAUAAGAACGAGUGCGCAGAGUUUGGCGUGUGUUCACACAUCUGCAACAACACCAAAGGGUCAUACAAGUGCAGCUGCCACAAGCACUUUACCAGAAUCAAUGACACCUGCAAGGCUGACACUCAGAGACAGGUGCUCUACAUCGCUGAUGACAAUGAGAUCCGUGGACUGGACCCCUCUGUGCCAAACUGGCGCUAUGAGCAGGUCUUCUUGGGCGAUGCCAACGUGCGCAUAGAUGCCAUGGACGUGCACAUCAAGACAAACCGCAUUUACUGGACUAACAGGCACACAGGGCGCAUAUCUUCGUACGAAUUGCCUUCAUCUUCGUCACCUAACAACAACCGUAACCGCCGACAGAGUGAAUCGCGGGUCACCAACGUGGAGAUCUCUGAUCUGACCAUGCCCCGAGGUAUUGCUGUGGACUGGGUGACAGGGAAUCUGUACUGGACCGACUCCGGUCGAGAUGUCAUUGAGGUGGCUCAGCUUAGCGGAGGACACCGCAAAACUCUAAUUUCUGGCAUGAUCGAUGAGCCUUACGCCAUAGUGGUCGACCCCCCGAGAGGAAAAAUGUACUGGGCCGACUGGGGGAACCACCCCAAGAUAGAGACUGCUGCCAUGGACGGAACUAUGAGAGAGACGCUGGUGGAAGACAACAUUCAGUGGCCGACUGGUCUUGCAGUGGACUACUUCAACCAGCGCUUAUACUGGGCUGAUGCUAAACUGUCCUUGAUUGGCAGUGUGAGACUGAAUGGCAGUGACGCUGUUGUUGCUGUACACGGCAUCAAGAACAAUCUCAACAAACCCUUCAGCAUUGACAUAUUUGAAGACUACAUCUACGGCAUCACCUAUAUCAACAACCACGUCUUCCGUGUCAAUAAGUUUGGCAAAGGCCAGGUGGAGAAUCUGACGACCAGAAUGAACCAUGCCACUGAUUUGGUUUUGUACCACCGUAACAGGCAACCCGAGAUGGCCAAUCCGUGCGAUAGAAAAAAAUGCGAAUGGCUGUGCCUGUUAAGCCCCAGUGGACCUGUUUGCACCUGCCCCAACGGAUACUCACUGGAUAAUGGCACAUGCGUGAGGCAGCCCACUCCCACACUGUCCCCCAUCUCGCCUCCCAGUGGCCCCUGCCUGGUCCAAUGUUUGAACGGCGGCAGCUGUUUCCUCAAUGCUUACAAGCAGGCCAAAUGUCGCUGCCAGCCCAACUAUGGAGGAGAUCGUUGUGAGAUUGACCAAUGCAGAGACUACUGCAAGAACGGAGGAACGUGCACACCUUCUCCUACAGGCUCUCCGACCUGCCGAUGCCUGCCAGGGUUCACAGGGCCGAACUGUAACCUGCACACAUGUAGGAACUACUGUAUGAACGCAGGCAACUGCACUGUCAGUGCUGGGAAUCAGCCAACUUGCAGCUGCCCUCGCGACUUCCUGGGCGACCAGUGCCAGUAUAGAAGCUGUGAGAGCCACUGCCUGAACAGAGGCACGUGUCUACAGACGUCCAGCGGCUCUAAACUGUGCCGCUGUCUGCCCCAAUUCACCGGCAGCACAUGCGAGAUCGACAAGUGUCACUAUUGUCGUGACGGAGAAUGUAUCCCUAAGGACAGGUUUACAUCCACAGGGGAAUUCACCUGCCGAUGUGCAAAUGGAAGAGUCCAGCCCAGUUGCUACACAUGUGAUACCAAUGAAUACUGUGCAAAUGGCCAUUGCUCCAUUAAUCCUCAUACACACCUUCCAGAGUGCAGAUGCUCUCCUGGAUGGGCAGGGCAUCGCUGUGAGUCAGUCACCAGCAGUGAUAGUGGCACUGGUUCAGGGGGACGUACAGCCUCCAUCGUGAUCCCUGUGCUCAUCUUGCUCCUGCUGGUUCUGCUGGCAGUGGGAGCCUUGAUCUGGUACAGGAAGAGAAUGAGAGGAGCCAAGGGCUUCCAGCACCAAAGGAUGACCAACGGGGCCAUGAACGUCGAGAUCGGAAACCCCGCCUACAAGAUCUACGAGGGCGAGCCUGACGACGACGCCGGGGAGCUGUUAGAUGCAGACUUCACUCUUGAUCCAGACAAGCCUACUAACUUCACCAACCCAGUGUACGCCACGCUGUACAUGGGGGCUCAAAACAGUCGCAACUCUCUGGCCAGCACGGACGAGAAGAAGGAGCUGCUGUGCCGCGGAGAAGAGGAGCCUCUUGUGGACCCUUUGGCGUAGGCCGCCCAUCACGUUAUUCCAAAUACCCUCUUCUUGCCUUUUUAGAGAAAAAACAUGUAAAAAUCGGGAGAGAAAAAUGACACACAUACAAAACAAAAAUGUGUGGCCACUGUAUAAAAUGUACAAAAAUGAAGGACUACUUUUGUAUGUGAUUGCAGUAUUAUAUUUUGUUCUUUUGAGUUUCCUUCGGUCAAAAAAAACAUUUUGUAAAAGAGAUUUAUCAUUUACACGUGUCCCUUACCCUUUACCUAAAUAGCCACUACCUCUGUGCAAAAGGAAAACGUAAAGGAGACAAUUAGACGUCCUCGGAGCAAUUUUAUUUUUGUUUAUUUUUGUAUGAAAUGUAUCGAGAGAAAGAGAGAUGAGGAAACGUUUGUUCCAUUUCACCAGUGACAGCUGUUUGUCGUUUGUGUGCACUUUGAGCGGGGAAAGCAAAACUCAGAGUUGCGUUUGUUUUGCUUGGCUUCUCGGCAAGUUUGUGUGACACAUUUUAAGGCUGCGUUCACACUUUCUGCGGUGCGUGCUGAACCCCCUUUUUGCUUUUUGUGGCCAAAAUUAUUUAGUUUUUUGGCCUCAUUUUACUCUUUUAAUAUGACUAAGGUUUGAUUUUACACAUUGUACAUCAAAUUGGUCCCUACAAGGAUCCACUGAAAUCCGAACCUUGAUACCUUUAUUAUCAUGUUGAUUGGCAAUACUAAAUUGGCCCUAGAGUGUGAAUGUUGUCUGUGUUGGCCCUGUGAUGAGGUAGCGACUUGUCCAGGGUGUACACCGCCUUCCGUUCGAAUGCCACUGAGAUAGGCUCCAGCACCCACUCCCCAUGACGCCGAAAGUGACAAGCGGUAGAAAUGGAUGGAUGAUCAUGUGGCUCUCUCUAGUGGUCGAGGGCCCAAACAACCACAUUGUGUUUCUGCUCCUGAGAAGAUACAUGAUUUGAUUGUAAUAUCCAUCCAUCCAUUUACUACCGCUUAUUCCCUUUGGGGUCCCGGGGGGCGCUGGUGCCUAUCUCAGCUACAAUCGGCAUAUGUCAUUCCGUCGUACAUUUUAUUUCCUUCUACGGAAGGUUUUUUGUAGAGAAUAAAUGAUGAAAAAAAACACUUAUUUGAACGGUUUAAAAGAGGAGAAAACACGAAAAAAUGAAAAUAAAAAUUUGAAACAUAGUUUAUCUUCAAUUUCGACACUUUAAAAUUCAAAAUUCAACCGAAAAAUAAUUAAGAGAAAAACUAGCUAAUUCGAAUCUUUUUGAAAAAAAUAAAAAAAGAAUUUAUGGAACAUCAUUAGUAAUUUUUCCGGAUUAAGAUUAAUUUUAGAAUUUUGAUGACAUGUUUUAAAUAGGUUAAAAUCCAAUCUGCACUUUGAUAGAAUAUAUAUCAAAUUGGACAAAGCUAUAUUUCUAGCAAGACAAAUCAUUAUUUCUUCUAGAUUUUCCAGAACAAAAAUGUUAAAAGAAAUUCAAAAGACAUUGAAAUAAAAUUUAAAUUUGAUUGUACAGAUUUUCUAGAUUUCCCAGAAUGUUUUAUUUUUUAUUUUAAUCAUAAUAAGUUUGAAAAAAUAUUUCACAAAAAUUAUUUGUCGAAAAAACAGAAGCUAAAAUAAAGAAUUAAAUUAAAAUGUAUUUAUUAUUCUUUACAAUAAAAAAAUACUUGAUAUAAAUUGUCAGGAAAGAAGAGGAAGGAAUUUAAAAGGUAAAAAGGUAUAUGUGUUUAAAAAUCCUAAAAUCAUUUUUAAGGUUGUAUUUUUUUCUCUUAAAUUGUCUUUCUGAAAGUUAUAAAAAGCAAAGUAAAAAAAAAAAAUGAAUUUAUUCAAACAAGUGAAGACCAAGUCUUUAAAAUAUUUUGGGGGAUUUUCAAAUUCUAUUUGAGUUUUGUCUCUCUUAGAAUUAAAAAUGUUGAGCAAAACGAGACCAGCUUGCUAGUAAAUAAAUACAAUUUUAAAAAUAGAGGCAGCUUACUGGUAAGUGCUGCUAUUUGAGUUAUUUUUAGAACAGGCCAGCGGGCUACUCAUCUUGUCCUUACGGGCUACCUGGUGCCCGCGGGCACUGCAUUGAUGACCCCUGCUCUAAAGUUGGUCCAGGCGCCAUUUUUGUUUAGUAAUGAACAUAAGUGACUUCCCGGAUUUCACAUGUCACGUGACAUAUUUCAACUCAUAAUGCCAGCAUUUGGUUUGAGUACAUUGUUACUAUUUGUAUUUUUUUUUCUAUGUUAUGCUUAAUAGUGAGCAAACUAACCAGACUUAUUUUAAACCGAGCCAAAUAUGUCGAGUGUGAACGCAGCCUUGCCGUAAGUACAAUACCAGAUGCUCGUUAAGUGAUUGUGUCCUCGAGCUUCCUUGCACACAAAUUCCCGAUUGGACACUAUUUUGUACCGAUAAGAUAUAUUUUGUUUGUUUUUUAUGGCUUUUCUGUGCGUGUUGGAGUAGAGAAGGAGGAUGUUGCUCCCAGGCGAUGGAACAAGCUGGUAAAGACAAGGAGGACCAAAAAAACUUCCUGGGUUUUCCUCCCUCGAGUUGAAGGUGAGAGAAGGUUCGCCCUAAUAAUAUUUCACUCGGUUGGCCAUUUUGGGUCAUAAAGUUCGAAAAAACCCGCUUUAGUGGAUCAAAGUGACCGUUUUGUAACGCCGCUUGUCUUCAUUUGGUAUUCGUGUCGUUGUUGAGCUGUGUUCAACUGCUGCUGCUAAUACUGCCAUUCUUGUCUUUAUUAUGCUCAGCCUGUCCCAAAAUGCUGCUUUUGUCACAAACGCGUCACCUAUAUGUCAUGUAAACCGAAUUAAGGACAACCACAAAUGUUUUUUUUUUUUUUUUAUUAUGUUGCUUGAAUGUCAGCAAGUGUUAUUUUCAUGGCUUGUACAUGUCUUUAAAAUUGGGAGAUACGUACAAUCAACAGUGUUUCCCUCCGCAGCAGUUUUUGCUAAAGAUGAUCACACAUUUUUCUAAUUGUUUUUCUUCAUAUAACGACACAUAGCUUUUAUAUAGUCACGAUGCAUGGAGGCUCACACUUUCUUCUGGAAAGACAAUGUUUUAAUUUUUGCUGGAGUCUUUACGAGCUAAAUAACAGAUAUUGUUAUAAAUAAAUAGACAUUUGUACAGAAAACAAAA